AAUAGCAGGAAGACCGAGGGAGGUGGAAGAGCAACAGAUUCUAACAGUUGAUGACUUGACAAAAGUAGAAAAAAAAAUCCUGUGCUCCAGAUGAAUGGAGUGGGUUGGCUGGUUGCUGCUGCUCGAUGAUUGGAUACAUGGACACUGAUACACAUACAGCCAUCUCAUUUCCCCCCAAGAAUGGAUUGUGACAGCAGGUAAAGGAAAUACUAUGUUUCACUGUCUAAAUACUAGACUAACUCAGAGGACAUGAGGACUGGCUCUGGCAACUAAGGACUCGCCGGGGGUAUAAGGGAGCUGAGACAAGAAGAGAAAUCAUCAUAUUGUAUCGGCUGCAGCAGGACUGCGUUAUGAUUCUCCCUGUGGCGGUUUUGCCGGUGCUACUGCUGCUCUCUGGACCCCAGUCCUGUGUCCAGGGAUACCCUCAGGAAAUCGGAAACAGUAAUGAGUUCCUGGAGAGAGAGUUUGUCUAUGCGCCAAAACGCCAAAAACGUGCUGUGGUUGACCACAGUGUUUUCCAAAAAGACAAAUGUUCUUACACCUUUAUAGUCCCUCAGCAGAAAAUAAAGGGGGCCAUCUGUGUGAACUCCAAGGAGCCUGAGACCCUGCUGGAGAACCGGGUCAAUAAGCAGGAGCUGGAGCUGCUCAACAGUGAGCUGCAGAAGCAGCAAAAGCAGAUUGAAGCACUGCAGCAGUUGGUAGAGGUAGAUGGGGGGGUCAUCAAUGAAGUCAAGCUACUGCGCAAAGAAAGCCGCAACAUGAACUCCAGAGUUACACAGCUCUACAUGCAGCUGCUGCAUGAAAUUAUCCGCAAACGAGACAAUGCUCUUGAGGUUUCACAGCUGGAGACCCGCGUGGUCAAUCACACAAACGAGAUGGGGAGGCUCACCUCACGCUAUCACGACCUGGAACACAAGUACAAACAGCUGUCAGCCCUCGCGGAUAACCAGAGUGCUCUCCUGGUGCAGUUGGAGGAGCACUGUAAGCGGGGGGGAUACUCCUAUGGUAUGGUGCAGGACAGGAGCCGCCUGGGCCGAUCACAGCCUCCUGCCAUCCCUCAGCCUCCUCUAAAGAUGCCUGCAUUGUCUCCUGGAGGCUACACACCCUACCACCCCCCCCCAUUCACCCGCCACACCAACCACCCCAUGGCUAAUGAGAUACAGAGUGACCAGAACGCCAAAGCAUUGCCACCUCCACCUGCCACAAUGCCAGGCGCUACAUACAGCUUUACAAGCCAGCCCUCUGUUGUUUUUCCAGGUCCUUUCAAAGACUGCCUUGAUGCUCUGGAGGGCGGAUACACUACCAGUGGUAUGUACCUCCUGAAACCAGACAACAGCAACCAACUCAUGCAGGUUUGGUGUGACCAGAGACACGACCCUGGUGGCUGGACUGUUAUUCUGAGACGUCAGGAUGGCUCUGUGAACUUCUUUAGAAACUGGGAGACUUACAAGCAAGGGUUUGGAAACAUUGAUGGUGAACACUGGCUGGGCCUAGAAAGCAUAUAUUGGCUGACCAAGCAGGGCACCUACAAGCUGCUAGUGACUCUGGAAGACUGGACCGGACGCAAGACCUUUGCAGAGUAUGCCAGCUUCCGGGUCGAGUCUGAGGCCGACUUCUACAGGCUGCGAUUGGGUCAAUACCAUGGCAACGCUGGAGACUCUCUUACCUGGCACAACAGCAAGCAGUUUACCACACUGGACAAAGACCAUGAUGUCUACACAGGUAACUGUGCCCACUACCAGAAGGGAGGAUGGUGGUAUAAUGCCUGUGCCCAUUCCAACCUGAACGGCGUGUGGUACCGUGGUGGGCAUUACCGCAGCCGCUACCAGGACGGGGUCUACUGGGCCGAGUUCAGAGGAGGAGCUUAUUCCCUGAAAAAAGUGACCAUGAUGAUACGAGCCAAUGCAAACACCUUCCAUUAACACUUUAGUCAUUCA